AUGUCGUCUACAAACACUAACCUGCACGUCAACUUGACGGCAAAAGAGAGGGCUAGGGGUCCCCAGCCUGGGCUUCAGCCUCCUGACCCAAAGAGAAUCAAAGUGAUAUCUGAUCUAACGCCUCCAGCUUCUGAACACGGAGGUCGUACUCCUCAGCCUGAAUAUCCUAUUAAAGAGGUUAAAGACUGCAAAGAAGUAAAGGAAUUGGAAGAUCUAGAAAACUCGGCGAAUGGACUGCCCCCAAAUGACCAAGCUAUUGCCCAGUCGGCUGUAGAGGGGGCGUCAAUCAUCGAUCUGGUAACCACAAGUGGGAGCUCGGAAGAAGAAGAAAACAGAACUAGUACGGCUGCUUCUGAGCUUCGACCACGUGACAGAAUCGUGGAGAAUGAAAAUGUUGGGAGAGCAGACCGCAUGGGCCCUAGCCAGCUGGCCCUACAUAUCCCAUUAAACAAAAUCGUUAAUCCUGACCAUGGGCCAGAAUAUGAUCCCAUCAGCUUCCCGAAACACAUCGCUAGCAAACUCUUCGAUUCUCAAAUUGAAGGCAUCCAGUUCCUUUGGAGAGAAGUCGUUCAAAAAGGUGAAGGCGCUCUACUUGCUCACACCAUGGGGAUGGGGAAAACCCUCCAAGUAAUCACGCUUCUAUAUCUCAUAUCCCAAGCCGGAAAAUCAACGGAUACGAGAGUCACGGAGCAGGUUCCGGACCAUUUAAGAGGGUCACUUCAUGUUCUUAUCGUAGCCCCGCCCGGGUUGCUCCCAAACUGGAGAGAAGAAUUCGUGAAGUGGGUUCCUAAAUUUGGAGACCAGCAGCUAUUGCAUUUUUACAUGCCCAGUCAACUAAAGGAUCCCAGGCCCCGAGUCGGGAUGUUCAGGGAAUGGGAAGAAAAGGGUGGUGUGCUACUACUAGGAUACCAGAUGCUUCGUGAUUGCGCCUCGGAAAGCUCAGUUAGAAAUAGUCUGUUACGCGAGAGGAAGAAGAGAAAGAAGAAGCCCAAGAAUCGAAGAACCACCAAAACAAGCACCAACGCACGAGGGAAAAAACCUGUCGAAAGUGCUGAUGAAGAUUCCAGUGAUGAAGCGGAAGAGAUAGAUUUGGCAUUGACACCGGAAGAAGAAGAGGCGAUGACACAAGCGGUAGAGCUUAGAAGAAUUGUUCUCGAAAUUCCAAAUAUUGUUGUUGCUGAUGAAGCUCACGCUGUCAAGAAUGAAAAGUCGGGUAUAUCAGAGGCGUUGGGUCAGAUUGCUACAAACUCGAGGAUUGCUUUGACGGGGUCACCAUUGGCGAACAACCUUAGUGAAUACUACUGUUUAACUAAGUGGGUUGCCGAAGAUAUGCUGGGACCAAAAGGCAAAUUCAAAGAUUUCUUUUCGUCUCCGAUCGAAGCUGGAUUGUAUGAAGAAUCAUCACCCGAUCAACGAAGAAUUGCUCUAAGACGUCUGGCCGUCUUGCGUUAUGUCAUGUCGCCAAAAAUGAACCGAAGUGGGCUGUCCCGAAUUAGACAUCGACUUCCUGAGAAAACCGAGUUUCUUAUCACGGUCGAGCUUACUGAAAUUCAGCGCAAGAUUUAUUCCCUGUUCGCUCAGAACGUUGUUCAGGAGAAUAUAAUAUCUAGCUCUAGUAACAAGACACCAGAUAAACUCGAGAUCAAGGGGUUUUUCGAUCAUGUGAGAUGUCUUCGAACACUACUCAACCACCCCAAGAUUCUGCUGGAGGUUUUCAAAGACAGAGCUGAAAAAAAAGCGAAGAAAGAGAAGCUUGCGUUAAAUUGGGCUACUUGUCUAUCACGAUCCACAAUCCAUGAGAUCAGGGAAGAGGAUUUGCUAGGCGAUGCGCAUCUCAAAACUCUUCUGAAUCUUUACAAGUACGCGCAGACAUUCGAAAAUUUUGAUUCUCCGGUAAACAGCAACAGAAUGACCUGUCUGUUCAAUAUCAUACAAGUCGCGGAGGAGAUCCGUGAGAAAAUACUCAUAUUUUCAAGCUCAAUUCCUACUCUCAACUACAUUGGGACCCAGCUCGACUCCAAGUCUAUUGAGUAUUAUCGUAUCGACGGGGUCACAAAGCCUAUUGAUCGUCAGAAAUCUAUCGCGGAAUUUGACUCGGAGAACGGCGCAAAUAUCAUGAUUAUAUCGACAAGAGCAGGCGGUGUUGGAUUAAACAUCACUGCAGCCUCUAGGGUAGUUAUCUUUGACUUUGACUUUUCACCUCAGGACGAGGAGCAAGCAAUUGCGCGAGCAUAUCGUCUGGGACAAACUAAGCCUGUCUUUGUAUAUCGCUUCAAAGUCGGUGGAACGUUUGAAGACGUGAUCCACAAUCGAUCACUAUUCAAGAUCUCUCUCGCGGCAAGAGUUGUAGAUCAUUCUCAUCCUGUUCGAUUGGCUAAACAGGGAAGGGCCCGGGAAUAUUUCAAACCUCCUGGGGCAUGUGAGAAGGGUGAUUUAUUGCAGUUUCUGCAGAACUACUCUGACCCUCUGCUGCUGGGGUUGAUCGAAAGUGGACUUGUACAAAAAAUUGAUCUUCAAGACAGUUAUCUAGACAGAACGGAUCAAGGGCUUACUAAAAGUGAGCAGAAGAUGUUCCAACUUGACUUGGAGAUCUAUCAUAACAAUUACGAGGAUCGAGGGGUUGAGGAGACUGAUGACGAGGAGUCAGAGGGUCCUGGUGAGGGGGCGUGA